AUGUCGCGAAGAUCUACAAAAUCAGCAACAUUGACUGAAGAUACCGAAAACAAGCCAAAGAGUUCGGGCCCACCCAUGGUGCUUCAGGCUUACCUUGCCACCCAGAAUCCCGUGGAAAGGAGGCUCAUGAUGGGCAAAGAACCCGAAGACGUCAACACGGUGAAGUCGAGGGUUCAAGCCACGAUCAAGAAGUGGGAAAAGUGUUUCAAUGGCCACAAUACCAAUGUAUACGAGGGGCAAGACCCGUCAAACAAGGCAGAGUCCAAUGUCAUGAUCUGA